GCUGUGCCCUUUUCCGGCAAUCUCUGGCCACCCCCAUUGGCCAGUCUGUCCCUCCCACUGUUCCUGGGGCUCCUCCCACCCCCACACCAGAUAAGGCCGGCUGGGACUGCUUCAUCUGGCCGUAGGCACUAGGGCUGGAAUGGGGCCGCCUGGCUCCCCAUGGCAGUGGGGUCUGCUGCUGCUGGGGCUACUGCCCCCCCCUGCUGCUCCCUUCUGGCUCCUCAAUGUGCUCUUCCCCCCGCACACCACGCCCAAGGCUGAGCUCAGUAACCACACACGGCCCGUCAUCCUCGUGCCUGGUUGCCUGGGGAAUCAGCUGGAAGCCAAGCUGGAUAAACCGGAUGUAGUGAACUGGAUGUGCUACCGCAAGACAGAGGACUUCUUCACCAUCUGGCUGGAUCUCAAUAUGUUUCUACCCUUUGGGGUGGACUGUUGGAUCGAUAACACCAGGGUUGUCUACAAUCGCAGCUCUGGGCGCGUAUCUAACGCCCCUGGUGUACAGAUCCGUGUCCCUGGCUUUGGAAAGACCUACUCUGUUGAGUACCUGGACAGCCACAAGCUGGCAGGUGUGUGUCCUGGGGGAAAGGGCAGGGGCUCCAGGCUAUGGUGGGACGUGGCCAGAGCUCCCAACGCUGCCACCUCCCCCACAGGUUACAUGCACACGCUGGUGCAGAAUCUGGUCAACAAUGGGUAUGUGCGGGAUGAGACAGUGCGGGCUGCCCCCUAUGACUGGCGGCUGGAGCCUAGCCAGCAGGAGGAGUACUACCAGAAGCUCGCUGGGCUGGUGGAGGAGAUGCAUGCUACUUACAGGAAGCCUGUUUUCCUCAUUGGGCACAGCCUUGGCUGCCUGCACUUGCUCUAUUUCUUGCUGCGCCAGCCCCAGUCCUGGAAGGACCACUUUAUUGAUGGCUUCAUCUCUCUUGGGGCUCCCUGGGGUGGCUCCAUCAAGCCCAUGCUGGUCUUGGCCUCAGGGGACAACCAGGGUAUCCCGAUCAUGUCCAGCAUCAAGCUGAGAGAGGAACAGCGCAUAACAACAGCUUCCCCCUGGAUGUUUCCCUCUUCACAGGCGUGGCCUGAGGACCACGUGUUCAUUUCCACUCCCAGCUUCAACUACACAGGCCGUGACUUCCAACGCUUCUUUGCCGACCUGCACUUUGAGGAAGGCUGGUACAUGUGGCUACAGUCACGUGACCUGCUGGCAGGCCUCCCAGCACCUGGUGUGGAAGUAUACUGUCUGUAUGGCGUGGGCCUGCCCACACCCCACACCUACAUCUAUGACCAUGGCUUCCCUUACACAGACCCUGUGGAUGUGCUUUAUGAGGACGGUGAUAACACAGUGGCCACACGCAGCACUGAGCUCUGUGGCCACUGGCGGGGCCGCCAGCCACAGCCUGUGCACCUGCUGCCUUUACAUGGGACACAGCACCUCAACAUGGUUUUCAGCAACCAGACACUCGAGCACAUCAAUGCCAUCCUGCUCGGUGCCUACCGCCAUGGUACUCCUGCAUCCCCAGCCGUCAGCCCAGGGCCCUUGCCCCCUGAAUAAAGACCUGCCUUUGCUACUGUAA